AUGGGCCGCAAGAGGCAUACUGUUGGCAGCGUGUUCCGAAAUAGGUCAGAUAAGUCGUCUCGGUCCUCAGGCACUUCUUCUUCCUCUUCUUCGUCUUCAUCAAAAUCUAGUAUAAAGCCCAUACCAUGGAUUGAACAAAAUAUUGUAUGCUUGGAAUGUGCUAAAUUUGUUUUUGCUCGUCAUUCAAAAUCCAAUCCAUGUUGCAGUUGCGGUCUUACAUUCAGUGAACAUCCAUCCAAUGUACAAAUAGAGGCUUUAACACAACAGAAUUUAAAUUUACAACCUGAUAUUUCCACCAAUAGUGGUUAUCAUUUAAAACCAACUAAUAAUGAACGCUGGCAUGUUAAAACCCACACUCAAGAAAUGCAAACAAAUGCUUAUGGUACGGUGGAAUUUCAAGGCGGUCCACACCCAACGAAAGCUCGGUAUGUGAGAUUACAUUAUGAAACUUGUCCUGAGCUAGUACUGCAUUUAUUACUUCAUGAAUGGAAAAUACGUGUGCCGAAUUUAGUCAUUUCAAUUGUCGGUGGAUUAGCCAACGCUCCAUUACAAGCAAAAUUACAACAAGUUGUAAAACAUGGUAUAUUGAGAGCAGCUAAAACAACUGGUGCUUGGAUUGUUACAAAUGGAUUAGAUAUUGGUGUAACUCGACAUAUUGGUGAAGCAUUAAAAGAUGAAGUGCAUAUUCGUGGUUCUAAUAUUGUUGCACUUGGUAUAGCACCAUGGGGUUAUGUACAACAUCGUGAAACACUGAUUGGUUUAGAUAAUACUUGUUCCUAUUAUUCACAAGGAUGGAGACCUGGCCGUCAAGAAGCCCCACUUAAUCCUGAUCAUAACUACUUUUUAUUAGCAGAUAAUGGAACAUCUGGAAAAUUUGGUGGGGAGCUGGGUCUUCGUCGACGUCUAGAACAGUACCUCGCUCAACAACCAAUUGAUAUGCGACGUUAUGGUGGAUCCAAGUCUCGUGUUCCAAUUGUUGGUGUACUAUUGGAAGGUGGAACACAAACAUUUCGUACUGUAUUUGAGUUAGUAACAGGUCGAAAUCCAGUGCCAAUUGUUGUUUGUGAUGGUAGCGGUCGUGCGGCAGAUCUUUUAGCAUUUAUGCAUCGUUAUGCAAACGAAGAUGGAGAUCUUAGUACACAAUUGCGUGAUCAAAUGGUAGCAAAUAUAUCUAGAGCUUUUCAAAUUAGACGUUUCGAAGCUGAAGGAUUGUAUAGUGAACUGAAAUUAUGCAUGAAACGUAGACAUUUAAUUAGUGUUUUUCGUAUGGGUGAAGGAGACAGUGAUGAAAUUGAUAUAACCAUAUUAACUGCUCUUUUACAAGUUUCAGGUCAAAAUCUAACACCAGCUGAACAAUUAUCACUAACUAUGGCAUGGAAUAGGCCAGAUAUAGCACGUUCUAAAAAAACGACACUUGAAAAUGCUAUGGCUGAUGCUUUAUUAAAUGAUCGGUUGGAAUUUGUGCAGUUAUUACUUACUAAAGGAUUGAGAAUUCAACGAUUUUUAACUCGUGAACGUUUGGAAGAAUUAUAUAAUGUUGAUGUGAAUAACCAAUCUUUUCAUAAAUUAUUUGCAAAAGUUCUAGGAACAAAACAGAAAAUUACAUUACGAUCAGUUGGACAAUUAAUUGAGAAUUUGGUCGGUGGUGGUUAUCAGCAUUCCUAUUGUAGUAAACCAUCCACAGCAGAUUUAAUGGGAUCACCUAAUCAUGGUAAUGGUUGGCUACCGAAUGUUAAUGUCACAUUUGCAAAUAAGCACGGUUCAACAGUUUCGGAACCAGUGGAUAGUAAAACUUCCCGUUCAAGUAAUAUUCUAAACAAUGCAUCAGAUAAAUCGAUUCCACCUUGCACAUUAAACCCUGGAUCAAUAUCUAAUCUAAUCACUUCAAAAGAAUUAGUUACACAACACACAACAAAUAUUAUCAAUCGACAACAUACUUCACAACAACAUGUACCAUAUUCAACUUCAUCAAAUGAUAUUAAUCAAUCAAACCGAUAUUUUCGUUAUCCCUACACUGAAUUAUUACAAUGGACAUUGUUAACUCGACGUUUAGAUAUGGCUAAAUUCUUAGUUUUAGCUGGAGAAGAAUCCGUUGCUAAAGCUUUGUUUUCAGUGAAACUAUUACGGAGUAUUCGACAUGUUACUUUAGAUGAAGAAACCGAUAUUGAAUUGCUUAAUGAAUGCCGUUCACAUGAACUUGCUUUGGAACGACUAGCUGUUGAUUUACAAGAUCAUUGUUAUCGACACGAUCAAGAUCAAGCUAAACGUUUGCUCACAUAUGAAUUGCAAGCAUUUUCAAAAAACACAUGUUUAAGUUUAGCUUAUAUGUGUGAAUCCAAAGUGUUCAUUGGUCAUCCUUGUACACAGGCAAUAUUAAAUGAUUUGUGGUAUGGUGGUCUACGUAAAGGUGAUCUUGUCGGUGCCAAAGUAGCACUCAUAUUAAUUGGAUUAAUAAGUAAAUUUCUUGAAUUUAAAACUAAAGAAGAACUAGCUCAACAACCACAAACAUUACAAGAACAUUUGGACGAAUUAGAGGAUUCUUCAGAGUCAAGUUCCUCAUCAUCGUCGUCAUCAUCCUCGUCGAGUUCCUCAUCGCCUUCUGCUAGCAGACGAUCUUCUGUUUAUCAUCCCAAUUUACCUAACGAAAAACAAUUAACUAAUGAAAACUUUUUAUCAAAUCAUAAUGUAAGAAAAGAUAGUUUACUUGAUCAAGUACCAACAAUUAGAAUAAAUUCACCUGCACCAUCGGAUAAGUCAGAUAAACUGGUUCUUUCUUCACAUAAUUCAAAUAAUGAUAUUGUAACAUCUAAAUUAUCAACUGAAAUUAAUCAACGAAAUGAUCAUUUCGAACCGAUAAAUAAUGUUCAUGAUUGGUCUCCAACUCUUAAAUAUCAUUCAGAAAAUACUGAUAAGCUUGACAAAACUGGUGUAUUAUCGAAUUUUCCAUCCUCAUCCAGUCAGCCAUAUUAUAAUGAAUCAAUUAAUAAUCCUAUAGAUCAUAAAAUUAAUCAGCAGUUAAACAAUAAACAAUACAUAUCAAAUAAUCCUCAUACAGCAAAAGAACUAACCACACUGUCAACUCACCACGAUCACACAGAUGGUGGUUUAUCAUUUAAAUCUAGGAAAAGCAUGGUUUCUGACACCAUAAAUGGCAAUUUGCAAGUUGUUCCUACAGUAAAAACACUUCCAACAGAAAUGAAUUCAGCGCACAGAUAUCGUUGUGAACCGAAUUAUAAAUCAGCUUAUCCUUUGACAACUAUUAAAAAUCAUAAAUUAUCACAAUCUUCUAAUAAUUUAUCACAAACUAUUCCACAAUCAUUUAUUCAUACACCAAAACAUAGUUAUUCAAAUCGUAAUUUUAAUGGUUUACAUCAUGAAUCUAGAAAUCAUAUACGCAAACAACGUUAUACAUUUCAUCCAUAUUCAACAGCUUUAAAUACAUCUCAAAAUGCAGCUUUAGCCAGACAUGCAUUUCUGUUAAGAUCUAAUUUAGCUGCACUUAUUCCAUCAAAUCAUUAUGCAUCAGUAGCUGCGUCCAAUGAUUUUCAGCAACGUCGUCGAUAUGAACGAAGAAGAAACAGAGCUUACAGUAAUCCCGAUGAAAAUGAUACAAAUAAAAUUACACAGAAAAUAAUCAAUAAUAAAAAAUUAUCAACAACCAAUUGUGAUGUUGUUUAUGUAUCAUCAAUCCCAACCAUAACAACAAUAAAUCCAUCAAUAUUUACUCAUAAUUAUCACAAUAAACAGAAUAAAUUAAAUUCUACAUUAAAAGAUCAUUCAUUUUCUUCAUUAAGUUAUCAUCAUCGUAAUGGACAAUGGAUACCGUGUGAUUUAUCAGUUGGAUAUGAUUUUCAAUCAACAAAUAAUCAUGGUUUACAAUUAUCAUGGCGUAAAAAAGUUUAUGAAUUUUUUAGUGCUCCUGUAACACGAUUUUAUUUACAUGUACUUUUAUACCUUGUAUUCCUUGUGUUAUUUAUUGGUCUAUGCAUCCAUACUCUACCACCGGAUACAUUUUCGUUCUUGGAACUUUAUGUUUAUUUACAUAUUUUAACGUAUUGGUUAGAUAAAUUUCGUGAGGUUACACUUAAUCCAGGUGCAACGUACAUUCAAAAAUUUGCAGUUCAUCUAAGUGCAUUUUGGAACAGUUAUGAUAUGAUCAUGUGUUUGUUAUCGAUUACUGGUAUUAUUUUACGCUAUUAUGGUAUAGUUAAUCAAAAUUAUUAUAUGUGGGGUAAAAAUCUCCUAAUUAUAUGUUGUUCAUUAUGGCAAAUGCGUUUUCUUGAAUUAAUGCAAAUUUGGCGAUUUUCCGGUCCAUACAUUUAUAUGCUGGUGAAAAUGGUUCGUCUAAUGAUUCCUAUGCUUUCACUACUAUUUCUUCCACUGUUGGCAUUUGUGUAUGCUGGUGAAAUAGAUCCUAUUGAUUGGCCCAGUGAAUCACAGUCUGCACCAUUUUUAGAAAUUGUCCCAAUUGCGACAGUGAUAUAUCUGUUAUACUCCAUCAUUCUAUUUGUCAACGUUGUUAUUGCUGUAUUCAAUGAUAUAUUUGCUAGAGUACGUCAACAAUCUGAAUUAGUUUAUAACUAUCUACGAUAUGCAGUGAUUAUUGAAUAUGAAUCUAGACCAUUGUUACCGCCACCGUUUAUUAUUAUCUCUUGGAUUUAUAUGUCUAUACGUAAUAUAUACCGAAUUCGUAAAAAGCGUCGAGCAUCUAAUCAGUCUAAUACACUAAAUCCUACAAAUCUAUCUGAUGUACAAAAGCAAACAAAUCAAAAUGCUGAUAAUAAUAAUAAUAAUAAUAAUAAUCCAAAUUCUCCAUCGAAAUAUGAUCCACGAAAUCGUCGAGAUAAUAAUGAACCUCAAGAUAUAUUAAUAGAUCCAGCGACUACUGAACUAUCGGCUGGUUUAAAACUAUUUCUAAAUCCUGAUGAAGUUGAAAAAUUGCAUGAUUUUGAAGAGGAAUGUGUGGAGGACUAUACACGUGUUACAAGAAAAGCUGAAUUGCACAAAGCUGAAGGUCAAGUCGAAAUAUUAAAUAAAAAAAUUGAUCACUUACAAUUUCGAAUGGAUGAAAUUCAUGUAAGACAACGUCAUUUACGCGGUUUAGUUCAUUUAGUUGAAGAACAUUUAGUCUGUAUGGAGGAUAAUCUACAUACAACAGGAGUGAUAAGUCCAUCACCAGGAGUUAUUCAUCAUCAAUAUAAUACUAAUGAAAUGGAACAUCUGACAAUGACAACUUCAACGACAACAACAGUAAACAGUCAUGAAAUACCUUCCAAUUCUAUUGUAAAUAAUUCAAGUGAAAAAGAUAUGAUAUUUACUUCUAGUUUAUUAUGGUUACUUAAACGACAAAUAGCUCAAGAUUCAGGAGCUACUUCAAAUGAGAAUAUUGAUUAUCCACAACAGUUGGCUCGUUCGCUUGUAUCACAACUUGGACGGCGUUCACGCGUACCUACUGGAUCAUUUAGUUCACGUCAGCACCAAAACCACUUAGAUUCAGCGUUUGAAAGGUCACCAACUUGUUCAGUCCGUAUGAAACAUCGUAAUGGUCGUACAGAUCAUAGAUAUUCGUUGCCUACAUUUGACUACCAUUCUUUUCCUCAUUCAGAAGGACAUUGUCAUGGAUCAUAUUAUGAUCGAAUGCAUGACCGUGGUCGUAAUCGUCUUCCUACUAAUCGUAUCCAGCACGGAUCUUAUCGAGCACCAGAUCUAACUUAUCGUGAAUAUACAACCAUCUGUGAUGAUAUAGAUCUUUCUUGUUUAAGUUAUCCUAACAGUCCAAUUAUGAGUCCUAAUGGUUCUCGAAUGGACCUUACAAGUGUUGGUCCUAUACGAAAUACAAGUUUACCAACAGAUACUACUUUGAUUAAAACUAAAGAAUAUUUACCGAUACCAAAAUAUCAAAAUAUUCCAUUCGUACCAAUUGAAAAUAUAACGAACAGUACAGUUAAUCAAAUUAUUUCUUCCUGUAUGGCUACUGAUUCUAAUACUGUUAUUAAUACCACCGCUAAAGCAUCUAUAGAACCUAAAUCUGCUCCAGCUACCCCGAAAGAAGAACGUGCAUUAUUAUUUCAAUCACCGAUAAUGGAAAAUGGUACACAACGUAGUCAAUCGCUUGCAACUUUACAUACCAACACAAAGUUUAUUGAUCACCAUUCACUUAUGCCUACCAAACAUUAUACAAGUUAUGAUACAAAUUUACACUUUAUCAGCCCCGAACUCUAUCCAUAUACUCAUAUUUUAACUAGUACUAAUACUAAUCAUAAUGUGAAAACAACGAAAAAUUCUACAGAUAUACAAAAUUUGAUUAUUGAUUUAAAGAAUUAUGCACAAGAUAUGAGUAUUGCUAAUGAAAACUAUAUCAUGGAUGAUCACCAGGAUAACAAUGAAUAUGUUGAUGGUGAUGAUAAUGUUAAUAAUGUUGAUGAUGAACACAACAGACGAAAUGUUGACGAUCAAGAUAAUGAUCCUGAUGAAGAUGAAAAUAUGGAAGAGAUGGAAGAUGAAAUUGAUGACGAUGAUAGUGAUGAUGAUGACGGUGAUGACGAUGACAAUGACAAUGAUCUAGAAAAUAAAGAGAGAAAAAUUCAAUUAGGUCUUCAAGAAGCUGAAAAUGCAGAACGUAUUGAACUUCAAGGUGCUAUGCUUAGACGAUUACGCAAAUUAUCUACUUCAGUACCAAGUAAACCAUGUCAUUUAUCUGGAGUUAAUAACUCUACCGCUAGCCAUCUUGAUAAACAUAAUAAUGUUAAAAUUAUUACACAUGGAUUCAACCAAAUUAACUCUCAAAAAACUUCUUGCUGGAAUACAGAAAAUCUACCGGAUUCCACUGAAAAAUCACCAAUUAUUGGACAUACACAUGAAGUUGGAUUGAUUAGUUCGGAAGAUAUGGGUGAUUUUUUAUCACAUGUUGCUAAUGAAGAGGAAGCGGUUGAUCCAGACUUAGAUCUAGAUUUUGACUCAAUUCCUCAUGAGUCAUCAUCAUUAUCAUCAUCUGGUAUGCGAUCAUAUGUUGAAUCCCCUGUAGAACAAGCGGAUACAUCGUUAAAUUUAAAUGACGACAUUGAAUUGAUCAGUCGAAAUUUACGAUCAUCAUCUGGUAAAAUGAAUACCGUUAUUGACGAUAAUGACGAUGAUGAUUCAUCUUUAUCACCUCCAUUGAAUUCACUGACUAAUGAUAAUACAAUUAAUAACAAUAAUAAUAUUCAGUUAUCAUAUCCAAGUCCUAUACUUGAGGAAAAGGAAGAAGAAGAAGCGGAAGUAGGAGAAGUAUAUACCGACAAUAAUGAUCUUGAUGAUAACCAUCAUUGUGAAGUUGAAGUACCAAGAAUGACAAAAUCUCUCUAACUUAGCAUAAACACACAUAAGCACACAAACUAACUUUCAGGAUUUGUCUUUUCAAUUAUGUUGUUUUCUGUUUGAAAAGAAACGUUUAUCAAAUUUACACACUUUUUCUUAAUAUUAAUCAAUUAUGUAUAUAAAAUAACACUAAAAUGUAAUGGAUAUUCA